AUGGAUAUUAUACGGCGUAAGAAUGCUUGUGUGUAUAUGGCCGUAGAGGAAAUUUUGCAUGAUCAGAUGAUGCAAAUUUCGGUCGUUGUCGAUGCUGUUGAUAGGGCAAGGUCCCAGAAACGUAAGCGUAGAGUUCUAGCUGUGCCGUAUGGGAUGCUGCAUAGAAUCCCAGAUCAAGUAAAGCACCUUAAUCGAAUUAUAGGUUUUAGCGAUGUCGAUUGUCUAACAAAUUUGAGGAUGGACCGAAAUACAUUCGGUAGGCUGUGUCUGUUGUUGAGAGACUUGUGUGGGCUGAAAAAUGGUAGGUUUGUGUCUGUGGAGGAGCAAGUUGCGUUAUUUCUUUCUGUACUUGCUCACCACAAAAAGAAUCGUGUUGUUAAGUUCGAUUUUUGGAGAAGUGGGCAGACCGUGUCACAUUAUAUUCAUGUUGUGCUGAGAGCUGUCUUGCGUCUCCAUGGUAUACUGCUGGUAAGGCCCACCGCGGUACAGGAAGCUUCAACCGACCCGCGUUGGAAAUGGUUUAAGGGUUGCUUAGGUGCAUUAGACGGCACAUACAUCAAUGUUAUGGUGCCAAAUAUUGAUAAACCGCGGUAUCGAACAAGGAAGGGACAGAUUUCAACAAAUACACUUGCAGUUUGUGACAAAGAUAUGAAGUUUGUAUACGUUUUGCCGGGAUGGGAGGGAUCAGCCGCAGAUGCUAGGAUUUUGCGCGACGCGUUGAACCGACCUAAUGGAUUGAAGGUGCCUAGGGGCUCUUACUAUCUCGUAGAUAAUGGAUACGCCAAUUCCGAGGGGUUUCUCGCACCCUAUAAAGGGGUUCGGUAUCAUCUCAAAGAGUGGGGACCUACAGCCGUAUGCCCACAAAACGCUCAAGAAUUGUUCAAUAUGCGCCACACGAAGGCUCGGAAUAUCAUUGAACGUGCCUUCGGUGUUAUGAAGAUGAGGUGGGGGAUUUUGAGGAGCUCUACGUUUUAUCCCGUGAAGGUCCAGAAUCGACUUAUUAUGGCGUGUUUUUUAUUGAAUAAUUUCAUUAGAACGGAGAUGGACGUGGAUCCUAUCGAACAAGCAUUCGAUAAUCUACCACAUGAUAAUGCUUUCAAUGAACCGGAGCACGGAGAGUAUGUGGAUGCAGUUGAGUCGUCUCCCGAAUGGGCUGCGAAGCGUGAUGCCAUUGCCCGAUCAAUGUGGCAAGAAUAUGUUGCAAUGCACUGACUUCAUUGGGAUAUAUAAAUUGUCGUGUCAUUUAUUUUUGAACCUCAAUUUCCAUUAUUUUGUGAGGACAAGAAAUUAUUGUUUGUGACAUUUUCUG